GAAUUAUGUCUGGACAAAAGCAGAAUUUGCUGUGGCUGAUGAUCAUCUGUUGUGUUUUACGCCAGAUAACCUGCUCAGAUGAACUGAUAAUCCAAGUCAAUUCGUCAGAUGAGUGUUUCUGGAACCAAAGUAACUCAACAAUUCCAGAUAUAAAAUGGACAUGUCUGACCGCUCAUGAACCAACAGGAACUGUUAAACUAAAUAUCUCUACUCUUGGACAGUGCAGAUCAUACAGUCUCAGCAUAAAACAGGAUAAGAAUUAUGAAAUCAUAAUGAACGAGAUGAUUCAAGGCAUAAAACUGUGGAUAUUACCAAAUGGAUCUAAUUAUUCAGUCCAGAAUUCAUCAGGAAUUAAGACUUGCCAGGCACAGGAUGGUAUAAUGAGCAUCAGCGCCAGAAUUGGAUGUCAGAACAUUGAGGCUGUUGAUCCUGAAGAGAAAUGUACAAACGCCCUAUAUAACAAUGACAUAUGCAGCGGUAAAGAAGGAAACAGAUACAUUCUGCAUUUAAAUGAGAGUGAAUGGAUUUGUGUGACCUGCCAUGAUGGAAGAUCAACCACCAUUAGUCCAUCGUCAAACACUAUAUCUUACAAUCUAACUACCAGUUUCACAUCACAUAUGACAAUUGAAAAACCAAUUUUCACUGUCAAACCACCUGAGAUAACUUACAAUCUUACAAACUCACAAACUGUCGAGCAAAACGGCGAGGCUGGAUAUAUUGAACCUUCAAAGGCUUCGUAA